GCACAGGUAAAUAUAUGUAUAAAGAAAAGUAGGUGACCAAUUAGAGAGGAAUAUUUUAAUGUAACAGCCUUUCCAUUCGUCUUAGAGACAAGUAGACAACCCAAUAAUUAUUCCAACCAAGCUUUCAACUAUUCUUCAUCCAAUAUUUCACCUCAUGAAUCAUUUAAUGAGUGACAGUAGUAGGUAUGAUAUUGUAGGCUUUCUUCAAACUUGAAUGUGGUACGCAGUAUUUUAGGUCAUUAAUUUUGUGGGUGGGCAACUUAUUGAAUUCUCAGUCGGUGCUGCCUUAAAUCCCAACCAACAUUUCACUAUUUCAGCUAUUCUUCUUCCAUUUUAGUAAGUUAACAACAAACUAAUUAAAGAAAGUUGGGGGAAGGUUGGUGUGGCUGAUAUAGUAAGUUAACAACUUGUUUCACUUUUCAACGAUUCUUUCUACCUUCACGGAAUUUCAUUUGAGCUUUUAUAAUCUGUACCGAUAAAGUUGACUAUGAUCAAAUUUAGGUUUACAUGUCUAAUGGUUUUGGAGGGUAAUUUAUAGAUGUGAAGAUUACUGGAAUAAGUCCCUACAGUUCGAUUAUAAAAAAUUUAUAGAAAGUUGGCCUUCAUCAACGUAAAUAAAAGAGUUUACAUCUCAUAUAUAUAUGUACCCCUGCCAGUUCAUAUUGCUAUAUAUAGAGACAGGACUUUCUCUGCUUUGUUGGUUCUCCCACAGGAGAUAGAGAGAAAAGGUUAUUGAUCACUUUCAGAACAGAGAAAGUAAGAAAGAUGUUGAGGUUGAUUACAGGAAUUCCAGGGCCAAGCGGGUUUGGGUCAGCCUCCACUGCUGAGCAGGUCACUCAAGGCAUUGAUGCCUCAAACCUCACUGCAAUUAUUACAGGUGGUGCAAGUGGGAUUGGUUUAGAAGUGGCAAGAGUUUUAGCCCUUAGGAAAGCACAUGUCGUUAUCGCAGCAAGAAACAUGGAUGCUGCAAGAGAAGCAAAAGAGCUCAUUCAGAAGGCUAGUAGCACCGCGUCUGUUGAUAUUCUUAAGCUUGAUCUCAGUUCAUUGAAAUCUGUUAAGGCAUUUGCUGACGAUUUCAAAGCUCUUGGCCUUCCUCUCAACAUCCUGAUAAACAAUGCAGGUGUCAUGUUCUCUCCAUUUCAGCUCUCAGAAGAUGGAUAUGAGAUGCAAUUCGCUACAAACCAUCUUGGCCAUUUCUACCUGACAAACCUUCUUCUAGAACAGAUGAAGGAAACUGCAAAAGCUACAGGUGUGCAGGGUAGGAUUGUGAACUUGUCAUCUGUAGCUCACCUUUACACUUACAAAGAAGGCAUCUGGUUUGACAAGAUCAAUGAUGAAAGCUGCUACCAUGAAAAAAUGGCAUAUGGGCAAUCCAAGUUAGCAAGUAUAUUGCAUGUCAAUGAGCUCUCUCGCCGCUUACAAAAAGAGGGAACUAAUAUUACUGUGAACUCCGUGCAUCCAGGGUUGAUAAUGACUAAUCUUAUGAGACAUUCUGUUCUUUUUACAAGAAUUAUGAAGCUGUUUACCUGGAUGCUCUGGAAGAAUGUCCACCAGGGGGCGGCUACGACAUGCUACGUUGCACUCCAUCCAGCCCUGAAAGGUGUUACUGGAAAGUACUUCCUGGACUGCAAUGAAUACGAGCCAAGCAAGUUUGCCAAAGAUGAAGCUCUUGGAAGGAAGCUUUGGGAUUUCAGUGACAAGCUGGUUAAGGCAGCUCAAAGCAAGUGAAAUAGUAGAUUGAUCUUAUUUUCUUUUUGUUUAUUUUCUCUCUUUUUCUUUCAUAGGCUCUUUUAUUCAUAGUCAUUAAAAAUUUCGUGGAGAAUGUAAAGAUUUUGAUCAAUUUUUAGUUUUCUUGAAACUAUUAAAUAAAUAAGACUUUCUAAGUUAAAAAUCAACAAGUUUUUCAACAGGCAUUAAAAU